AUGGAGAUGUUGCUCGAUCGGGGAACCCGCACGUACAGUUGGUUAGACUCUGAAAAAACCUCGGUUUACAUCCUGCCAAGUUGGAUCGAUUCUUCAUUCGAUACAGACGACCCCGACACUUGGCUUCCUCCAGAUCAGUUGACCCAAGUAGGUGUAUUCCCAAAAUUCGGUGAUGAUGAGGGUGACGACGCAGAGGAACAAGAGGAAGAAGAUGACAAAGAGGACGACGAGAUGCCCGAAGCUGAGGACCAUUUUGACCAACCCUCGAUGCAGCAGCCGAUGUUUCAGCAUGAUCAAUUCCAGGCCCCUCCACAACGUUUUGACCAGCCGUAUCAGCAGGAGGGACACGAAGUCCCACCAUAUUCCCCCCCCCCCCACAUUCUUUGA